CUGGUGCUAAUUGUUGUCAUUUUCAGUAGGCUUUGCCAAUGGAUGAACUGGUGCAUGACUUGGCCUCAGCCUUAGAGCAGACUUCAGAACAAAACAAGCUGGAUGAGCUAUGGGAAGAGAUGGCUCUAAGCCCACGGCAGCAGCGGCGUCAGCUUCGCAAGAGACGGGGCCGUAAACGACGCUCAGACUUCACGCAUCAGGCAGAGCAUGCCUGCUGCUACAGCGAGGCCUCAGAGUCAAGCUUGGACGAAGCUGUCAAGGAUUGCCGUGAGGUGCUGACAGCCAAUUUCAGUGACUCUGAUGACAUGGCAGUAGUCAAACGACACCCAGCUCUCAGUGCCACCCUGAGGAGCAAGCAACACUCGUGGCAUGAGUCAGACUCCUUUACAGAGAACGCACCCUGUCGACCUCUCAGGCGCCGGCGGAAAGUCAAACGUGUGACAUCGGAGGUGGCUGCCAGUCUCCAGCAAAAGCUCAGGGUGUCAGAGUGGAACUACGAGAGGGGCUGCAGAUUCAAGUCAGCCAAGAAACAGCGUCUUUCACGCUGGAAAGAAAAUACCCCUUGGACAUCAUCUGGUCAUGGCCUUUGUGAAUCAGGAGAGAACAGGCCCUUCCUCAGCAAAGGGGGAAGGAAGGAGCGAAUGGAGUGUGAAACUGAUGAACAGAAACAGGGCUCAGAUGAAAAUAUGUCAGAAUGUGAAACCAGCAGCGUAUGCAGCAGCAGUGAUACUGGCCUGUUCACCAAUGAUGAGGGCCGCCAAGGAGAUGAUGAGCAAAGUGAUUGGUUUUAUGAAGGAGAAUGUGUUCCAGGAUUCACUGUUCCCAACAUUCUUCCUAAGUGGGGAGCUGACCACCGAUCUGAAGUGGAGCGGAUUGACUCAGGCUUGGACAAGCUCUCAGAUUCCACGUUCCUCUUGCCCUCGCGGCCAGCUCAGAGAGGAUUUCAUGCUCGCCUGAAUCGCCUGCCAGGAGCUGCCGCGCGUUGUCUCCGAAAAGGUCGGAGGAGGCUUGUUGGCAAGGAGACCUCCAUGAGCACUCUGGGCACCGAGAGGCUAGGUCAUAUUGUUAGUGAUCCACGCCAGAAAGAAAAGAACAAAGUGCUGGCUUCUGAUUUCCCACACACUGUGGCCUGUGCACAUGAGUUCAAUCCACUAUCUCCUCUGUACUCUCUGGAUGUGCUUGCUGAUGCUUCCCACCGAAGAUGCUCACCAGCACGCUGCACUGCCAGGCAAGCCAGUUUACACCUGGGACCACCAUGUUCAAGGGACAUCAAGAGGAAACGAAAGCCAGCUGCAGCCUCCAUGUCCAGCCCAGCAUCAGCAACUUUAUCUGUCCACAUGGAUGCAGCAGAGUCAGAGCUACCAGCAACACCGUCCCUGAGAUCGCAGAACUCUGAGUGGACUGGGAAAACACCAGCAGCCGAGAAAGCCACUAUUGCUGCCUCCAGUAACUUUUUUAAAAUGCCACCAGAGAAGAGCCCUGGAUACAGCUAAAAGGAAGCAUUGCAACUGUAAAAGCUUGCUGGAUUUUGGAAUUGUUUGACUUUGGUGUGUGUCUUCACCAAAUAUCUUGUUUGGCAGUAGUGAUCUCUUCAGUAUUGGUGCGUGACGCGUGCCAUCAUCCAGACUGAUCUGCGUGCCCCACAUACCUAAAUCAUGUUUGUGAAUCUAUGUUUAAAAAAAGGUAAUCAGUGUUGGGACCGCAGUGGCUUUUAAAAAUGUUCUUGCUAUUCCUGUAUUUAUUAUGCAUUCAUCUCUUUCCCUGAUGCCAGCUCAUAUGUGCUGGGUCAUGUACAGAUUCUUUUGGGUUUUCAGAUCUUUAUUCACCCCCAGACAUGUUGCUUGUUUGUACGUUUGGCAUUUUUUGGGUGAAAGUCCCAUUGCCACUCUGGGAGGCAAGUCUCCCCCUGCUUUCUUCCAGGCCGGGAGGAUUUCUUGGCUGGGGAAUGAGGAGGGACUGCAAACAAGUUGAAAUGUGGAACCUGAAUUCUGUAUUAGUAGGAUGUUUUCAGGCCAUGUACUAAUGGACUGUAAUCAUGUUGCUUUUGGCAAAGCAAAUACAGUGCUUGUCCAUUCAGAAAUUGCCAUUGGCUCACUGGCAGCAUGUACCUUCUCCCUUGCUCUGAAUGUCUAUAGUCUUGCUUGUGUAUUGCAUGUUCUUUCUUAAAUCUCCUACCAGAUAAGGAUUUGGGAGAACUACUUGGACAUUAAAUGUGCAAGCUGGAGUCCUGCAAAGGAACUUGGGCCCUUGUAUAUCCUUGGAGUAUGGUAGAGGAUAUACAAAACUUCAAUUUCUCCAUGUAUAAAUUAAAAAAUGACUGCUAGCAUUUCUAAAUGACACUUGCCGUUGAAGUUAACAUGCCAUUGAACAAAAAAAGCCAUUUAAAGUAUCACCUGAGUUCAGAGCAUUCUGGGUAUUGAUCAGACCACUUCUGCCGCAUGUUUUCCCUCACUUCAAAAAAUGUUGUCUGCCGUAUCUACCGGAGGUGUCUCCACCUACUGAUGAUUGUACUUUACUCUGCAGCGUACACAAAAGAGAUUCUCUUCAUAGCAUUUUGACUUGGUCACCCAUUACCUUCUGUGUUGCAGAAUAUAUGGAUAGUGAUUUCUUCCCUCUAUUUUUUUGAAUUCUUGAUCACACUCCACUUACUUUUCUUGAAUUUGUCUGCCUGGAGAUUAUUCUGGGCAACAUUUUUAGAAUAUACACCUGGAUAGCAUCUGUCAAAGAGCAGGUGGUCUCGUGGCUUCUAAAGUCCAUUAAAAAUAGGAAAUUUGUGUAUGCAUA